GAGUGAAUGCUUCUGAUGAAUCCACUGAUUUAUUCGUCUACCCCUCGGCAGUAAAUAGUAGAGUCCAAAUUCAACAUGGCGGCCGCGGGUUUGAAAAUCUGAACGAACAGAAAAGGGGACUUAGCCAGCAUGGCAGACGGCUGGAGAGAAGUGUUUGAGAGAAGCCGGUUGAUACCGCCGCCAAGCCAGACUGUCCGCCUGGCCGGGGAGAACCACCUCAGCCAGCCCCAGGGCUUCCAGCUCAACCUCAGCCGUGUCACUGCACCUCACCUCUCGCAGGACAUGUCCACUGGAGAACAAGAUGUGACGUACCAGUUGCGAGUAACACUGUUUGAUAGAAAUCACCAGCACUUCUUCGGGAAAACAUGGAGGAGUUCACCCCAGAAGAUGAAAAACAACAAGAUUGCCUUCAAUGAGGUCCUGUAUUUCUAUACGUCUCUGCUGUUGCCCAGCACGCUAAUGGUUCUGGAGCUGGUCUCAUUGCCUCCAAGGCCAGACGGCUCCCAUCAGGCUCUGGGGAGAGGCUUCACUAUCCUGGAGCUUUUUACCAGCAAGCCAGAGAUUCCGGCUACUGAUGGGGACAGAAGGCUGAGUCUACACCAUGGAUCACCAAGAGGCCUGCUCCACCCCCUCCUGAAGGACACUGUUGACUACGGCAAUCUCUUGAAGAUUAUUGAUGGAGCACAUUUGGACUGUGUGGUAAAAAAACAUCCUGCACUGGUUUCUAUGAUGCACCUCCUUCCAGAGAAUGUCCUUGUAUCUGGAGAUGAGGAAAUUCCCGGUCUCACAGCUUCUCCGACAGGAGAUGCUCUACUGAGGCCUCAGCUGCUCAAGAUGCUGCCCUUCAAUUUGAACAGACUGACCAUCUCCCUACAGCCGUCUCUGGAGAAAUUUGAAAGCCAGCUGCUGCAACAGAUCAAUGCUGACUGCCAUAACACAAAACAACCAGGGCCAGAUGAUGCUCCCAGAACAGUUGCCAUUCAAGAAAGAAGGCUCCAUGUUGGUGUCCACAAUGGCUGGUGUUUCCUCGAUAAGCCCCAAGUGGUGGUGCUAGAGCCUGUAGCCUCAGCGUUGAGAGGACGCACAGGCAGCGCCUCCAAACAGAGCACCCUGGUCAAGGACAGCUCAGCAUCAUCGUCCCUCCCUCAGAUGCUGGGCCUUCGCAGCAGCCUGGAGCUCAGGCUGACCAAUCACCAGGCUUUGGCAGUUGUCUUUCAGCUAGAGUAUGUCUUCUCUGCUCCAAUAGGCCGCGAGACUAUGCUGUCUGCUACCUCCACAUCCAGAGCUGCCUUUUUGCAGUGCCUUCGCUGGGGGAUUUGGUGCCCCUUCCAGGAGCCAGUUGACUGGAAGAGGGAAGAGAUACGGCUUGUUUUGCAAGGAGGUGCAAAGCGAAACCCUCAUGGAGUCAUGGUCUACAGCACAGAGGAGGUCUCGGAAAUGAAGGAUACAAUAACAUUUUGGCUGUCAUCCAGCCUGGAAAGAAAGGCAUCCAGCCCAAAGGCAUCUCUGAGGACAAAGCAGGAAGAUGUGUCCCGUCAGAGGAGAUCACCUUCAUCACCCUCACAAAGUCAGAAAAUCAUUCCACCAGCUUCUCCUCCAGAGUCUCCUCAAGGCCCUGGGCUCUCACUGUCUCAGCUGGCAGCUACUUCACGCUACCCGACCAUCAGCCACUCCAGCUCGGCGUUGCCGUGGCAACAGUCAUUUCCUUCUCUGCUCCAUCCUUCCCCGUUGGCAUCGGCCCACCAGCUGUCACAUGUCGCUUGUUCAGCUGUCAGCAACAUCGCUCACCUAGAGAUGGACCUUCAGCGAGAAGGAGAAGGGUCACCUUCAAUGCAGGAUGAAGGAGACCAACUUCAGGAGCUGCCCUUCACUCCUGUCCAUGCCCCUGUCAUUACUCUGGGGAUGAAUGUGCCCAGUUCCUGCUCAGUCAGCUCCAGAAGCUCACAGGCCCACCUCUUUUCUGCUGGUUUCCCUGACAUUGUGGACUGUAGUGGGCAGGUGGCAGAGGUCCUAGACCCUACAGAACCCCUGCCCUUUGAUCCCCAGCGGGAAGAGGCCGACCUUCUACAGGGAAACCUGCUGGUGUUCCAAUUUCUGGCAUUUACCAGAAUACCAGCGGCGGGUUUUGGUCCUGAUUGGCCUGAAAACAUCUACGUCACCUUCCAGUUUUAUCGCUUUCCACCAACAACAUCACAGGAGCUCAAGCUACUGACCAAUAGCAAGGUUCAACACAAAGCGAGUGAACCGCUUCCCUCUGUCCUGGCCUCCAUCAACAAAGAUGGCACUGUUAACACUGGCUCUCCAGGUCUGCAGGUGCAGUUCAGAGUAGAUGACAGUUUCCUGAGGCCAGGAGAGAAGCGCUGGUUCCUUCGCUACCUGGCCCUUCACACCAUGCACAUCGACAUCUGGGACAGUAACUCGUUGCUCCUCAUCGGUUCUACUGCCAUCGAGCUCAAGUACAUGUUGCGUCAGGGAAAAUCAGCAGUACAGGCCCUUCAUGAGGUGGAGGUGCUGACCACUGAUUACGUGGGAGAGGACACCUUACUGACGAGCACAGAUUUGCCUCAACGCUCAGCGUCGAGCCCCAUGACGGUUCACACCAUAAUCAGAGGCCGGCUCCACGUACGAACAGGCAACAUAGGGUGCCCAGUGGACCCUAGCAGGAGGAAGGCAGCAGACGGAAUGCUGUCUCAUUCUCACAUCAUCACACCACGUGAAGUCACCAGUGGCUUCAGAGGAGGAAGCCUGUCCUCCACAAACGUUCUCCACCUCAAUGCAAGGAACACUGCACAAGCACACAGACUGGAGAUAGAUGGGGAUCGGAUUCCAUCGUUCAGACAUGGGAUCAGAGCUGACACCAUCAUGCCUGAAGAGCGCAACCUAUGUGAACACCGAAAGCUCAGCUGCAUGGCUGCCGUGCAUCAGCGGGAGGGCAAGGAAGAUGCUAAAACACCUAAGGAUACGGAUUGGACUAAGGAAGUCAGGAUGGCCAGAGACCUUCAUCAGUUCAAACCCAGUGAAGGGCGCAGCAAGGCGGAGGGCAUCACCAACAUGCUGAGCCAGGCAAUCACCACCCAGCACCUGCUCUAUGCCAGCCUGGGCUCUGCUGAGUACAUGGAGUUUGUCCUUAAGAAUCCCUUCAAUGUUCCUCAGACUGUCACCAUUCACAGUGAUGACCCAGAACUCAGUGUCAUCACUAACACUGAGGAGUGGCGUUACUUCAAAGCACUAACCAGAACUCCGACUGCGCUGGAGGAGAACAUGUUCCACUUGGAGGAGGGUGCCCCGGGUCCCAGGGUUUACCUGCGGCCCAAAGAGAGCAUCCACAUCCCCCUGAAAUAUCAGAGCUUUCUCUGUGACCACACAAUGGCCCUCCAGGGACCAAGCUUCCUACCUACAGGCAAAGGUUCUCAGGUGGCCAAGAAGAAUCUGUCCAGUAGUAUCACUGCCAAAACUAUCAAGGUUACAUUCAGAGCAGAAGAUGGCAAGCCGAUGGCCAUCUGCCAAGUGAAUGUGGAGCCAACACCUCAUGUUGUGGACCAGACUUUCCGACUUUACCACCCUGAGCUUUGUUUCCUUAAGAAGGCCAUCCGCCUGCCACCAUGGCACGACCCUACAGUUGGAGACCCAGACACCAGGACUAACAUGUCUGUGCGCUGCAGUGACCCAAACAUUAUCUGCCAGACAAGGAUGUUGGUGCCAGGGGAGCCCCAGGAUGUGUACUUGAAAGUGCCAGGGAGUCCCAGUCCACACAUAAAAAUGUUCUUUGUGAUGGUUUUCACUGAUAAGUGGAUGGCAGCACCCUCCCAGAUCUGGCAGAUUUACGUACAUUUCCUGGAGCGAGUGGACAUCAGUUGUGUGACUGGCCAAAGGAGCUGCCAGUCACUUGUUCUAAGAGGAAAGCAGGCUGUUCGCAAGGUCAAAUGUUUCUCAUCACACCCCAAGGAAAUUAAGGUGGACCCAGCGGGUGUGUUUGUUUUGCCUCCUGCAGCAGUGCAGGAGCUCCAGCUGAAGAUGCAGCCAUGGCAGGCUGGCAGCCGCUUUCUGUAUGUGAACGCAGUGGAUGUGGAGCAGCAGAGGCUGGUCACUGCCUGGCUGCUCUGUCUCAAUGUCCACCGCCCCGUGCUGUCCAAGGCAUUUGAAGUGUGUGUCCCAGUUGGUGGUGGGCGUGGCAGCUCCAGGAAAAUCACCUACACCAACCCUUACACUAGCAGCCGCACAUUCCUGCUCCGCUCUGACCAUCCAGACCUGCUCCAGUUCAAAGAGGAUAAAUUCCAGAUUGGCGGGGGAGAGAGCUACACCAUCGGAUUACGAUUUGCCCUCAGCCAGAGUCCCGGCUCAGCAGAGAUCCUGGUCUACGUGAACAACCUGGAGGAGAAGACGGAGGAGACGUUCUGUGUGAAAGUCAACUAUUCCUGAGCUUGUAGUUGUGUCAAACAGCAAGUAAAAACUGUGGAAAUGCUGACUGAUCUGUGCUUUAAAUAUAUUUUCGAUAUGAAACAAAAUGAGGACAAAUGAGCUGUGAUUUUUGCGUCGUGGGUGUAACUUUGUAUUAGAUCAAUCUUUAAAAAAUAAAUGGACUCUUUUUUUUCUCUGA